AACCAUAAUUUCUUUGUAAUAAAUAACUGAAGAAUUUGGUAAAUAGCAUAAAGUGCGAGAAGCUGAGACAGCCCCUUCCCGGGAGGGUCGAUAAACUUAUAGGAAAGUUCCUAAAUAAAACUUUAUCCAAGUUAGUUGGAAAAUAAAUUAGAGGCCAAUUUUUUAUUCAGCUCCCUCGUACUUCUGAGGGCCUGCCUCACAGGGAAACUGACAUCCACGCAUAUGCAUGUCUCCUCCGAUGAAGGCUUUCGUCUUCAUUUCCUCAAAGUGGUUCCACGAAAAGGGUUGAAGAGCAAUUGAGCUGUCAAGCGCAAGUGUUGCAUUUCGUCAAGUUCUCGCAUACGUAGUGAGCGUAUUACGAUGUCAGUCUGCAAGCGGAGCACAUGCAAUAUGGACUUUUGGGACCAGCGAUACUACAGCACAACAAAAACUCUAUCUUGUCUGAUGGGAUUGUGGCCAUAUCAGUCUAAAACCCAGCUUAUUGUCCAUCGUAGCAUUAUUUUUUUAUUAUUUAUUAUUCAAGUCAUACCCGAGAUUCUGGCUGUUUUUCUUAACUCGGCCGAUCUUGAUGUUAUCAUGGACUCGGUAGGAACGUUCAUAAUGGAUGCGGGUUUUUUAAUAAAUGCAUUUACAUAUUUUUGGAAUUUUAAAAAGAUGAAGAUUCUUCUAGAUAAUGUCAAAGAAAACUGGAAAAUAUUUCCGAAGAACGAAGGACAGCAAAUAUUGGAGAAAUAUGCUAGAGAUGGUGGCAAGCUGGCCACCCUUUACGCAGCCGGCAUCUGUGCAUCCGGAAUUUUUUUUACAACUGAACCAUUACAGUGGAGACUGCUCAACACAAUGUUAAACGCCAAUUUCAGUGUUCCGCUGUUCUGCACUCCAAUGGAAUAUCCGAUGAUUGAUGUUGAAAAAUAUUACUAUGUUAUUCUAUUCAUCCAGGAGAUAUCUGUAGCUGUUGUCAUCAGCAUGGUUGUCGUUUAUGAUUUAUUAUUCUUCCUCUUCUCUCAACAUGUUUGUGGAUUAUUUGCCGGUUUAGGGUAUGCAAUUGAGAAUUUGCCAGUUGACAGGCACAGUCGAUCCGAUGACAGGGGAUUUCGAUAUGUCAAACGUUGUAUUCAAAUACACAGUCGUGCGAUAAGAUUCUCUAAUUCACUUGAAGACCUUGUGGUUUGGAAUUUCUUCUUCAUGAUGGGACUGAACAUGAUAAUCAUGAGUUUAACCGCAGUUCAGGUAGUCAGCAACACCAACGCCAUAGGAAGACUUUUGAAGAAUUGUGUAUUCGUGAUUUCGCAGUUGGUGCAUCUCUUCAUAACGUGUUUCAUGUGCCAACGAAUCAUAGAUCAUAGCUCGGAUCUCCAGGCGAAAAUAACAAAUUCCCGAUGGUGUUUUAGUACAGUGAAGACCCAGCAGUUGAUAAAAUUGAUGAUCCUGAGGAGUCAAAUUCCGAAUCAGCUGACAGCAGGGAAACUUAUGGUCAUGUCACUGGAAACAUUCACAGUGAUCGUGAAAACAUCAGCAUCUUACUUUACCGUAUUUUUGGCGAUGCAAUAAAUGGGGAAGAAGACUGGAUGAGGAGUGAAUUAAAAUAUAUCAAUUAUUUUAAUAAGCGCUUCUUUAUCACCAGCAAUUUUAAUGUACAG